CAGGAAGUAAACAUUGUUCAAAUGCGGUUUCCGUUUAGAGAGCCUGUUGGACGAAGGCUUGAUAUUUACCUUAGUGGGAUUUGUUGUUUUAUGUAUUUAAUCAUCGGCUCCAGCUAUGAGUGCUGUCAUCCCUCGGAUAGAGCAGCUGUCUGCCAGAGUGGUUCGGGUCUUGGGCUGUAACCCGGGACCGAUGACCCUGCAGGGGACCAACACGUACCUGGUCGGCACGGGCCAAAGGCGAGUGCUGAUCGACGCUGGAGAGCCGGCGGUGCCUGAAUACAUCAGCAGUCUGAAGCAGGCACUGAGGCAGUUCAACACCAGCAUCCAGGAGAUCCUCGUCACACACUGGCAUCAUGACCACACGGGUGGAGUGGAGGACAUCUGCAGGGACAUCACUGGUUCUGAGGUACGAGUCAGCAAACUGCCUCGCUCCAGCCAAGUCAAAGAGACGGCUGGAGACAAAAGCUUUACCUAUCUCAAAGAUGGAGAUGUUGUCCAGACGGAGGGGGCCACACUAAAAGUGCUGUUCACCCCAGGCCACACUGACGACCACAUGGCCUUGCUGCUGGAGGAGGACCGGGUGCUCUUCUCUGGAGACUGCAUCCUGGGUGAAGGCACAGCCGUGUUCGAGGAUCUCUACGACUACAUGAAGUCUCUGAACACCCUGCUGGCCUCGGAGGCUGACACCAUCUACCCUGGUCACGGGCCUGUGGUUCAGGAUGCUGGCUCGAAGAUCAGACACUACAUCAGCCACCGGGACCAAAGAGAGCAGCAGAUCCUGGCUGCCAUUCAGGAUGGAGCAGGGAAGCCUUUCUCCUCAAUAGAGCUCGUCAAGAUGGUCUACAAGGACACUCCUGAAUACCUGCACCAUGCCGCUAAUGUGAACCUAGUCCAUCACUUAAAGAAACUGGAGAAAGAAGGCAAGAUCACCCUGGUGAACGAAUCUUCAGGGAACCUCAAAUGGAAGAGUAACCUGUGAUGUCCAAAGACACCAUGAAGAAAUCAACUCUAAUUGACCAUUUGGCAAGGAUUAUGAAAUCUGUCUGGUCCAUAGAUAAUAUAAUCAUUUUUCAAUGGAAAAGGAUCACGUUUUAGCAUGAUGUUUAGGAUAGAAUGCCUUAGAUCUGCUGAUUGACAGAUAUGUUAUUGAUAGUCACACAUGUUGCCUUGGAUGUUUCCUGACUCAGAUUAAAGAGACCCACAAUCACACUCUCGAGGACUGAGCUGCACCCUGUGCCAAAGUCUUACAAAUCCCAAACUUGUCUAAAGGCUAGCUGAAUUUUGCCUGUGGCAGAAUGGAAAAGUAGCCCUGUCUUACAACGUGAUUAGUGUGCCACAGUGCUCCCAUCUGCCUAAACUACAUUGUCUCGUUUUUCUUCUACGAGGCUUUUUCGUCCCGGUUUAGUAACUUAGCCAACACUUUUGUUGAUUUGAAACCCAUUUAGCUGCAUUUGACAGGCUGUGGCCCUGGCCCUAACCAUGUAGAACAUCAUCCUAGCGGCUGGUCAGCUCAGUCGGUAGAGCAGGCACACAUGUGGAAGUUUAUUACUCAACGCAAAAGGUCCAGGGUCCUGACCUGUGACGGUUUUCUGCAAAACGUUUCCCCCUCUCUCUCCCCUUUCAUGUCUGAGCUGUCCUUUCAUUUAAGGCGGAAAUGCCCAUAAAAAUAAUCUAAAAAAAAGAACAAAAUCCUAAACAGCUAUUUGAUUAGUGAAAUGACCCUUUUAUCAGUGGAGUUUGGUACACAACCCUGCAUACAUCCUCUGUCUUUUUUCCUCCUCUUCCUCACUUUCUCUGGUUGCAUUUGAUAUCUGUAGCCAUUAUAGGACCUCACAAAUCACAGUUUACCGAGGUGUAAGGCACAUGAAUUAAGAGGUGGUAGUUGUUAACAUUUAGUCUGCCAAACUUCAUUACCAGACCCCAGGAAAGGUCCGGCUGAGAGUCCUAAAAUAAAAUCCCACUGUUGACUGUAACAGAUACAUGAUAAUAGAAAUUUAUAUCCAGACAACCAUUUGGAUGCUUUUUUUAAACUUUAAUUUAAUCUCUGUCUGUUGUCGGUCUUUAUAAUUUAGCACUUGUUCUAGAAAUGCUGCCAACGUUUUCAUUUAGUCACUAGGGGGCAGUCUCUGCUAACAUAUGUACUGGGGCACAACAUGAACAGUAAAUUAGGAUCAUUCACACACAUAUUACUACAUAUGGCAGACAUUACAACUAUUUGUUAUUUGUUAAAAAAUAAAUGUAAAGAAUGUGUGAUGGAAAAGAUUGUUGAAAAAUAUUGAAUGGCCUUUGGUAUUUUACUGGGAUGUGCUGUUGUGUUUCCUUCUGGUCAUAAAUGAGAAUAAUUGUGUACUUUGGAUAAUUAUUAGAACAUCCUGAGGGGGAUAACUCAUGGUAAUGGUUAUAUAUCAACUAUGAAACUCAUGAAUAAAAACUGUAUUUUACAGCUACAUACUGUAUGUUAUCU